GUGGGCUUCCGCCUCCAGUUGAAGAUGGCGGCUGCUGGAUUAUUGCUGCUUCUCGCUGCCUGCUUUGGCCCGGCCUUUUCUCUCUAUUUCCAUAUAGGGGAGACCGAAAAGAAAUGUUUUAUAGAAGAGAUUCCCGAUGAGACUAUGGUCGUAGGGAAUUAUCGCACCCAGUUGUACGAUAAGCAGAGAGAGGAGUAUCUGCCGGCAACACCUGGACUUGGCAUGUUUGUAGAGGUGAAGGAUCCGGAUGAAGGUCAUUCUCUCUCGCCAGUAUGGCUCUGAAGGACGUUUCACUUUUACUUCUCAUACUCCUGGAGAGCAUCAGAUCUGUCUGCAUUCUAACUCCACUAAGUUUGCCCUCUUUGCUGGAGGUAUGCUGCGAGUUCACCUUGAUAUCCAGGUUGGGGAGCAUGCCAAUGAUUAUGUGGAUAUUGCUGCCAAGGACAAGCUAAACACAUUACAAUUACGUGUCAGGCAACUCGUAGAGCAAGUGGAACAGAUUCAGAAGGAACAGAAUUACCAGAGAUGGCGAGAGGAGAGGUUCCGACAGACAAGUGACAGCACCAGUCAGCGGGUCCUUUGGUGGUCCAUCGCUCAGACUUUAAUCCUAGUGACUAUUGGCGUUUGGCAGAUGAAACAUCUAAAGGGCUUCUUUGAAGCGAAGAAACUUGUAUAAACUCACCUUGGGCUUCUUACAGAAGGGCUUGGCCUUUCUUUAAUCCUGUGUCUUCCAUCAUUGGCAGGAUUUCUCAGGAUGGGAUUGUAAGGCUGGGUGACACCGGUUUGUGGAAACAGAACAAUGUGUUACAGUCACCCAGUUUGGAUUUUAUGUUUGCCAUUUUUAGAAUGAGAUUGUACCUUUUCUCCCCUGCACUGCUAGUAUUAGAUGCCUGCUAUUCCCUUUUUUACAUCCUACAGAAAACCAACUUUAUAAAGUUAAAUCCCUAUAUACUGCCUUGCAUUCUUCAGCUGGAGGUACCCAAACCGCUUACACCUUCUGCCCAAUCUGUGUGCAGGGGAUCUUUUUUUCUACAGGGUGAGGAAGGUUUCUGUAAUUUUAUUUCAUGUAAUUUAACAAAUGAUAUAUGGGUAUGUGGGUUGUUGAUUUAUUUUAUUUUGUCAUGAACUCUUUGCUACCUGAUGACUUUGUACAGUAGAUAUCAAGGCAGUGGAAGAAAGAAAGUCCAGAACUAAGUCCUUUAUAUAGUCCUUUGCACUGUUUUAUGUGAAAACUUUUGGUGCUCCAGCUGUUAAGGAACUACAAUCCCCAGCAUUCCCUAUGCUAUGGGUUAUAGCUUCCCAGACCCAGAAGUUCCAAAGGUUGCUUGUCACCGACCAAGUGAAAAAUGCAGUUUCCUAUCUCCGAUGCUGCUCCUUUUUUAUGUCACAGUGAGAUUCAAAGCUUUAUCUCUGGAGUCAUUGCACUUGCCAAGUACUUAAGCCACUCACAGUAGGGCUCAGAGGACUGCCAUAAAGUGGGCUUCAAUUGUUUUCAGGGAUUUUAGCCACUGGGGUCUAACAAUUACAUGGAUCCUAUUGUUACUGAUCUCCUCUUUUUUUAAAAAAAAUAUAUAAAUUUGGCUUUAAAUAAUAAAGAUUUGUUUUAACCUGUGUUUAAUUUAAA